AUGGCUGCUGCUGGGAGUCCCGUCCAGGAGCUCUGUGAGGAAGCCUCUUGUCCCAUCUGCCUGGAUUAUUUCAGGGAUCCAGUGACGGUUACAGAGUGUGGCCACAAUUUCUGCCGAGCCUGCCUGAUCCAGUGCUGGGGGGAGGAGGAGACAGAGGCCUCCUGCCCCAAAUGUAGAGGAGCCUUCCAGAAAGGGAAUCUCAGGCCAAAUCAGCAGCUGGCUAAGAUUGUUGAAAUUGCCAAGAAACUCAGAGAUGAGGGGGAAGAAGAGAAGGGGCAAUUCUGUGACAAGGGGGUUCCUUUGGAGGAGGCUUCCCAGAAGCACAAGGAGGUGAUUCGUCAUCGUCUGGACAGUCUGAGAAAAGAGAGAGAAAGAAUUCUGGCAUAUCAAGCAGACACAGAAAAGGAAAAUGAAGAUCUGCUUGCACAAACCAAAGCAGAGAGGGAAAAGGCAGUGGCUGAGUUCAGAGGACUACAUCAGUUUCUGGAAGGACUAGAGAGGCUUCUGUUGGCCCAGUUGGAAGCGGUGGAGAAGGAGAUUGCCAGGAAAAGGGAGGAGCACCUGGGCAGACUCUCUGAAGAACUCUCCUCUCUGGAAAGUCUCAUCCGGGAGAUGGAGGAGAAAUGUCAGCAGCCAGCGAGUGAAUUCAUGCAGGACGUGAGAAGCACCUUGCGGAGGAGUCAGAAGGAGACAUUUGAGAAUCCAGUGGCUUUCCCUCCAGAGCUGAAGUGGAGGAUCUGGGACUUCCAUGAAAUUAAUCCUUCUCUGGAGAAAGCCAUGAAGCAAUUCAAAGAUGCACUGCUACCUGGACUACAUCUGAAGAAAGCAAAUGCAACUCUGGAUCCAGACACGGCUCAUCCCAGGCUCAUCCUGUCGGAGGGUCAUAAAAGCAUGAAAUGGGGAUACAAUAGUCAAGAUCUGCCCAACAGUCCUGAGAGAUUUGACCAUCAUGAUUUUGUGCUGGGAUGUGAGGGAUUCACGGCAGGCAGACAUUUCUGGGAAAUCAGUGUGGGAAGUGAGGGAGACUGGGCUGUGGGGGUCGCCAGAAAGUCUGUGAGGAGAAAAGGCCUGCUUGACUUUAGUCCUAAGGAAGGGUUCUGGGUUCUGAGGUAUGGUGGAGGUGUAUAUAGGGCUUGCGACCCCCCUCUUUUCCCUCCUGUGUCCCUGAAUGGGGAGCUGAAGGGGAUCCGAGUAUUCUUGAACUGUGAUGAAGGGCAAGUGUCCUUUUACGAUGCUGACAGAGGGACCCUCCUCUAUGCCUUCUCUGGAGCCUCCUUUGCAGGAGAAACUAUUCUGCCUUUCUUUCAUGUAUGGGGAAAAGCUCACCUCAGCAUCUCUCCGUAA